GGGGACUUGACUUGGUACGACGACUAAGGUUCAGAUUGCGUCUCUUAAAAGUCCGAUCUCUCCGCAACUCGGAGCUGAGCUUUCGUGCUCCCCUGGUAGCACGCUUGAUCGUUAGCUGGGGUCUAUAAAGGUCAAGCGCGCUCCCAUUGUCUGGACUCUUGUUCCACUGCGCAAACCACCUUCAGUUCACGAAAAUCGACAAUAUGCUGUGGCAGAUUUGGUUCCCGGUCGCUGUUGCGGCGACAUUGCUCUCAGUAAGCCGACUGCGCAAGAAGUACAGACCGAGAUAUGACCUGCCAGUCGUCGGUUCGCCUACCGACCAGAGCAUGGCGAAGGCGGUGGCUGAAGGGUAUCAAAAGUACCCCGACUCCGCCUUCGUCAUCCCUUGCGAUCCGCCUCGGGUGAUUCUCCCGAUGAAGCUCUACAACGAGGUGAUCCACGCCCCGGAAUCGGAGCUCUCCUUCGCCGCCGAGCUGUACGACAUCUUUGUCGGCAAGUACACCCACCUCGGAGAGUCUCGCCCAGAGAUCAUCGAGUCCGUACGGGUCGACCUGACAAGGAACCUGUCCGGAAUCCUACGACCCGUCCAAGAGGAGGCCCGCUUCGCCUUGAAGCAGAUGUUUCAGGAAUCGGCAGAAUGGAAGGCGUUGAACGCGUAUCAACUGGCACUUCGCAUGGUGGCGCUGAUGAGCGGCCGCGCCUUCGUCGGGCUGCCCCUCAGCCGCGACGAAGGUUGGAUCCGGGCGUCCAUCACCUUCACGACGGACGUGGGGAAGUGCAGGAUGGCGGCCUUGAAUUGGAACCCGUGGAUCCGGCCGUGGGUGCUACCAUUCCUCCCCGAGGUGCGGCACAUGCGCAGUGCGCUCCAAAAGGCCAAUGAGCGGAUGAAGCCGCUGGUGGACGAGGUGCUCCGCAACGAGAGCGCACUCGAAGAGAAGCCGGCGAAGCCCGGAGCUCCGGGGGCGUUCGUGUCGUGGAUGAUGAAGUACCUGUCUGCCCGAAAAAAGACCUCGGAGACCAUGGGGACGAACCAGAUGUUGCUGUCGUUCGCUGCCAUUCACACCACGUCUAUGACGACGACGUUUGCGCUCUAUGAUCUUCUCAGUCGCCCCCAGUAUAUCCAGGCACUCCGGGAAGAAAUCGAGCAGGUCAUGGUCGAGGACGGCACGGAGAGCGACGAUGAAGGAAAGCCCUUCCUCUCCAAGGUGUCUUUCAGCAAACUGAAGAAGCUGGACAGUUUCAUCAAGGAGAGCCAGCGAUUAAGCCCCUUGAACUUCGGCGGCACAGCGAGAAGACUACAAAAGGACCAAACCUUUUCCGACGGACUGAAACUACCGGCGGGCACCGCCAUCUCAUUCCCUCUAUGGGGCGUCUACAACUCUUCCUCCUCGACGACAUUCAGCCCCAAGUACAACGAGGGCACUGGCAACGCUCCGCCCGCCGAGUUCGACGGCUUCCGCUUCGCUCGCCUCCGGGAGCAGUCCGGACGGGAGAUGAAGCACCAGGCGGCGACCACCGGGCCGGAGGCCUUCAACUUUGGCCACGGACCGCAUGCGUGCCCCGGCCGAUUCUUUGCGGUCUACAUCAUCAAGUGCAUUUUCAUCGAGCUGCUGCUUAACUACGACAUCCGGUUGAAAGGCGGUGACGGCAAGAGCUCGGUGCCGAGGCCACCGAAUAUGUUCAAGCAGAUGCUUGUGUUUCCAGACUCUACUCGCGAGGUCGAAAUCAGAAGGCGGGCAGAGUAAAGGUCCCUCAGGCAGUUAUGUCGAGUGACCUGACUGCGUUGAGAGCUUGAGAAGGGUUGGGUUUGCCAUCAGUCACGCGGUGUGCUUAUUCGUGAAUGCUGCUCGUUAGCCUACUUUCAGCAUGCCCUACAAACCCCCUCGCUACAAGCUUGCAUUCGCAGAAAAGGCAAAAAAAGUGAAGCCAAUCGCUGACGGGAAUUGAGCCCGACGUGGGGGUCGAACCCACAACCUUGAGAUUAAGAGUCUCACGCUCUACCGAUUGAGCUAGCCGGGCAGUUGGCUAACAACUGCUGGUUGUUGAGGCUGCGGCCUGUUUGGUGGGAUAAUCUAGACGGUCCUGAGGGAGCGGGCAUCAUGCCCUUGUGCGCGGGUUUGGCUUAGAAAGACACAAUUUUUUUCGCGAAUCUAAUUGAAGCCGA